AAUGUCUCUAACUCUUAACACUUGAGUUAUCAUUCGGGAACAUGUAGUGUAGUGUGAACAUAUCAUUAUUAUUAUUGAUGCUAUUGUGUACUAGGAGAGUUUUGAGUUUUGACUAAAAUAUACAGACUGGGGGAGCUGAACAUUGAUUGUGAAUUUGUGAUUGAUACGUGAUAAUUCGGGUUUAUAUACCACCAAAAUGAUGUUCAUGUUUCACUCUCCACUUCCCACUCCCAAACACAGUUUCAGAGCCACACGUAACGUAUCAGCGAACGCGCGGUUGCUGACUCUGAAUCAGUGAUUCUUCAUCCCUCUGUGACUAAGAAACAGAAAUGGAGAAAGAACACCAAAACUACACCUCUCUCCAUUCACCUUUGAUUCAAAACUCAGUGGAAGAAGCAGGCUUGGUGGUGGUUGAUACAAAGCUAAACAACCCAACAGAAAGAACUGAAAUUCUUGAAGAAGUGAAGAAGCAGCUAUGGCUUUCUGGUCCUUUGAUAUCAGUCACUCUGCUGAAUUUCUGCCUCAACCUUAUCUCUGUCAUGUUUGUUGGUCAUCUUGGCGAGUUGGCUCUCUCUGGUGCUUCCAUGGCUACUUCUUUUGCAUCUGUCACGGGUUUCAGUUUAUUGGUAGGAAUGGCAAGUGCCUUAGAUACCUUAUGUGGUCAAUCAUAUGGGGCAAAGCAGUACCGCUUGUUAGGCAUUCACAUGCAGAGGGCUAUGUUGAUUCUUAUGGUUGUCAGCAUUCCGCUUGCGAUUAUUUGGGCAAACACAGGAUCCAUCCUCAUUUUCCUUGGCCAAGAUCCUGAGAUAUCUGCAGCAGCUGGGGAAUAUGCUAAGAUAAUGGUUCCAUGCCUUUUUGGUUAUGGUCUUCUGCAAUGCCUCAAUAGAUUCUUACGAACCCAAAAUAUUGUAUUUCCAAUGAUGCUCAGCUCAGGAGUCACGACCUUGCUACACUUUUUUAUAUGUUGGAUUUUGGUAUACAAGACUGGACUAGGGUACAAAGGGGCAGCCGUAGCAAAUUCUAUAUCUUACUGGUUGAAUGUUACCAUACUCUCGCUCUAUGUCAAGUUUUCUCCUUCGUGUAAAACUACUUGGACAGGCUUUUCGAAAGAGGCACUGCACAACAUCCCCACAUUCAUGAGACUUGCCAUUCCCUCAGCUGUUAUGGUCUGCUUGGAAAUGUGGUCAUUUGAACUCAUGGUUCUGCUCUCUGGUCUUCUCCCAAAUCCAAAGUUGGAAACAUCGGUGCUUUCUAUCUGCAUGAAUACAACAUCAGCUGUUUGGAUGAUCCCCUUUGGACUCAGUGGGGUAGUAAGCAUUCGUGUCUCAAAUGAACUUGGAGCUGGUCAUCCACGGGCUGCACGUUUAGCAGUGGCCGUUGUCAUAGUGAUUGCCAUUAUUGAAAGCAUCUUAGUUGGAGCUGUGCUGGUCCUAAUCCGUAAUAUUUGGGGUUAUGCUUAUAGUAAUGAAGAAGAAGUGGUCAAAUAUGUUGCAACUAUGAUGCCAAUUCUUGCAGCAUCCAACUUUCUGGAUGGAAUCCAAUCUGUUCUUUCAGGCAAUGCUAGAGGAUGCGGUUGGCAGAAAAUUGGUGCAUUUGUGAAUCUGGGGUCGUACUAUAUAGUUGGAAUUCCAGCAGCUAUCGUGUUAGCUUUUGUAUUGGAUAUUGGAGGGAAGGGGCUGUGGCUGGGAAUCAUAUGUGCACUCAUUGUUCAAGUAUUUUCCCUAAUGAUUAUUACUAUAUGGACUGAUUGGGAGAAAGAGGCAAAGAAGGCCACAGAUAGAGUCUAUGACUCAGUAACACCAGAGAGCAUAGUCACAUGAAGCUGUAAUAUCUCUGCAGAUACACAUUCUUAUCGAGUAAUACAAAGAAGAAGAAGAAGACACAGUAUAAUUUUGUAGUAACUGUUGGUUAGAUCGUUAAGCAACCAACUCAGUUAGUAAGUUGGUUAAUUUUGUCAGUUAGAAGGAGGUUAGUUUUCUGUUAGCCUCUCUUAGUCUCUUUUACUCUUCGCUCGGUGGUUUAGUCAUGAUAUAUCACAGUAAGUUGAAUACAGAAAUUUUCUUCCACUUUUAUCA